UUACUAUGGAGAUCACGAGGAAAGCGCGCACUCGUGUGUGUCGAGUUGGGAGAUCAGUGGCGAUGAGCAACACAGUCUCUGUUAUCAGAUCAGAGGUUUAUAUCAAGGCUGUCACGGCGGACGGAGAGAGAUGGGCAGCACGUCUUCGGCGUCUCGGGUGAUAUUCCUGGACGUGGAUGGACGGACUCAGAAGGUGGUUUUCAGCCGUUUCUGCAGCCCAUGUGAUAUAAAAGAGUUAUUCUGCGCUGCCACGGGGCUCUCCAGGAACACAACCAUCUCCCUUCUGGACUCAACAGGAGCAAUGGUCUCCAUCGACCCCACAAUGCCAAACAACUCCGAGAGCUCACCGUAUAAAGUGGUGCCAAUAACUGGUGGACAACUUGCAGAUAAAGAGGAGCUUUUCCAGAAUGUUUUGACCCAGGUGGCAGAGCAGUUCUCCAGGAUGAAUGAUCGUCAUAUAUUUCUCUCCAUCUGCUCUCCAAGGGCAUUUAAAAUCAACGAACUGAAGAGUGAAGUGACAAACCGCCUAGCCAUGCUGGAGAAGAGAGUGGAGUUGGAGGGGAUGAAGGUGGUGGAGAUCGAGAAAUGUCGCAGUGACAUCAAGAAGUUGCGGGAGGAGAUGGCCUCCAGGAACAACAGUAGUUUCCUAGAAGACAACAAGAAGUUAACUCCUCACAGAGAUGUGUCUUCAUACCCAAAGUACAUGCUCUCCCAGCAAACCAUAGAUGCCCUCAGAAAGCCCACCUUUGACGUCUGGCUGUGGGAGUCCAACGAGAUGCUGAGCUGUUUGGAGCAUAUGUACCAUGAUCUCAGACUGGUAAAGGACUUUAAUAUUAACCCCAUCACGUUGAAAAGAUGGCUGCUUUGCAUCCAUGACAAUUACCGGAGUAAUCCUUUUCAUAAUUUCCGUCACUGCUUCUGCGUCACUCAGAUGAUGUACAGUAUGAUCUGCCUCUGCAGCCUACAGGAGAAGUUCACACAAGUAGAUAUUCUUAUUUUGAUGACAGCAGCUGUGUGUCAUGACCUGGAUCAUCCUGGGUACAACAACACGUAUCAGAUUAACGCUCGCACAGAGCUGGCGGUGAGGUAUAAUGACAUCUCUCCUCUGGAGAACCAUCACUGCGCCGUGGCCUUCCAGAUCUUCUCUCAGCCUGACUGCAACAUCUUUGCCAACUUUGAUCCUGAAGCCUUCAAACAGAUUCAUCAGGGAACCACCACCCUGAUUCUGGCCACAGACAUGGCCCGACAUGGAGAGAUCCUGGACUCCUUCAAACAGAAAGUAGAUAACUUUGACUUCACUAAUGAGGAGCAUGUUACUUCUUUAAAGAUGGUGUUGAUCAAGUGCUGUGACAUCUCUAAUGAGGUUCGGCCGAUGGAGGUCGCUGAGCCCUGGGUGGACUGUUUGCUGGAGGAGUACUUCAUGCAGAGCGAUCGAGAGAAAGCAGAAGGUUUACCUGUCGCUCCUUUCAUGGACAGAGAGAAAGUGACCAAGCCCACUGCUCAGAUCGGCUUCAUCAAGUAUGUCCUGAUCCCCAUGUUUGAGACCGUGAUGAAGUUGUUUCCUCAUAUUGAGGAGGUAAUGGUACAGCCCUUACGAGAGUCCCGGGACAGAUACGAGGAGCUUAAACAGAUAGAUGACGCCAUGAAUGAGGUUCAGAAAUAGAAGAGUGAAAAUUGAACAGUGGGAGGAAAAAAGAAAUGAGGAAGCUGGAAUCCCACCAGAGGCAGUAGAUGAGCGAAAUCUCGGCUCAGAAAAUCCAAAGCAUCUUUCAGGGAAUUGAACCAUGUACAGCUCAGCUAUGAACUAUUUGUGUUGUUUUCAUUUGGUUUUGUAACAUAUAAACAGUAUAAACUAUGUACAGAUUUUAGUCACAUUUACUCAGAAAAAUAAAAGUCUAACUUUAA